GAGCAACCGCCUUGAUCCUUGCAGCUCAGAAUGGCCACUUGGAAGUGGUGCGGGCGUUGUUCGAGGCUGGAGCUGACCCGAAGGCAGCAACUCAAGGGGGGGCAACCGCCUUGAUGGUUGCAGCUCAGAAUGGCCACUUGGAAGUGGCGUGGGUGUUGCUCGAGGCUGGAGCUGACCAGAAUGCAGCAACUCAAGCCGGGACAACCGCCUUGAUGGCAGCAGCUGACAAUGGCCACUUGGAAGUGGUGCGGGUGUUGCUCGAGGCUGGAGCUGACCAGAACACAACAGAUCAAGAUGGGACAACCGCCUUGAUGGUUGCAGCUCUGAAUGGCCACUUGGAAGUGGUGCGGUUGUUGCUCGAGGCUGGAGCUGACCAGAACACAGCAAAUCGAGACCGUCAAGACGGGGCAACCGCCUUGAUCCUUUCAGCUCAGAAUGGCCACUUGGAAGUGGUGCGGGUGUUGCUUGAGGCUAGAGCUGACCCGAAGGCAGCAGCUCAGGGGGGGGCAACCGCCUUGAUCGUUUCAGCUCAGAAUGGCCACUUAGAAGUGGUGCGGGUGUUGCUCGAGGCUGGAGCUGACCAUGAGACUCCUCCAGAUCCGGGUCGUGAUCGACCGGACCGCUCGCGAUCGCGAUAGACCAAAGGACUCCUGCGCCCGCCGGUCGUGACGGUCGUGUGUGUGCGUGUGUGUGUGUGUGUGUGUGUGUGUCAGAGAUGUACUGGGAGACUGGCUUCACUGGGAUUGAUCAUAUCCAAAGACAACGAAUUGUAUUUAAUUGCACAAAACACAGCAUAAAACGAUUGGACGGAGAAACAUGUCAGAGCACAUAUGCAUUCACCACGACAGAUCCAGUAGUGGUUCUUUUUAUGUUUUUCGGCUUCGGCUGACUUUCACCUAUCGCCGGUUGGAGCCGUGUUUCGUUUUGUGCCUCGAAUUGUUUAGAGUUUAUAGAGGCACACAUACUCCGAGCUGGUUUGGCAGGUCUGUGCUCCAGCACCGUGCUGGCAGAGUCAGAUCUGUUGGGAACGCUAUAGUUUCGGCGCCCGACGACUCGACCGAUCUCUGAGAGACCGACGAGGUCUCCAGCAACCCGGCGCCGAGAUGCCUUUGCCAAAGCCAGAGGAUACCAUCAUGCGCUGUAAGAUGUUGAACUCUGCGGGCGAGUGCUACAUGGUCCAUGGCGACUUCUGUAGCACCUGGGAGGCCUCCCAGUACUCCUAUGAUAAGGCCAUCGCAUUGCAGGAAGAGUCCUAUGGUCUAUAUCUGCAGGUGCUGGGUCCCAAGAAGCCGUUGACGGGUUGGGCGAUGGAGGAUUUGGCCCAAGCAUAUCAGAGGCGUGGUCGAUUGGAGGAGGCCAAGCUGUUGGUCCUUCAAGCUUUUCAAGUGGAGUGCUCGAAGGACAUCAUCAAGCUCUCUUCCAUGGCACGUCUUCUUGAUUCUUUGCUGGAGCUACACCAGGCCACCAGCGAUAUCUCGGGCUUGGCUGCGUGCCAGGAUGCCAUCAAUGAGGGCUUGACGAAUCUGCAGAAGCGGGGAAUUCCCGGCGCAGAGGCGGCCAGCUAUGCUGCGCUGCUGCAGAAGAUCGCCACGAUGUUGCUGCGCCAUGAUGAGGGACACAAUCGCCCCGGAGCCAUCGAACUCCUGGAGGAAGGUCUUCAGUGGCUCCGAAGGCCUAGAGAGUCCAGGAGUGGAAGGCUCAACGGGGUCGAGGAGCGACACCUCUAUAUGCCGAAGGCGGGUCAACAAGAACUCGCGGUGGAUCCGGCAGCCUUGGAGCGGUCCAUCGAGGAUCAGUUGCAGCACUUGCGGCAGAUCACCCUCUCGGGACCAGUCUCAGAGACACCGCAGGCCGCCGCGGCCGCGCGUUCCUCGCCGCCCACGGACUUCGAAGUGGUCGAUGAUGCCGUAAAGUCUCCCAUGUGCUUCACAGCGGUGGAUUGAGCAAAAGGGCGCGCCGCUUCCGUGGGCAGUGCGACGCGACGUGGAACGACGCGACCGGGUGAGGCGACCAGGCGACCACCGACUGGUGGGUCUGGGUUUUAGGACGUCGACGUAGACGUCACAUGCGCUGCCUGAGCUUUCAGCCAAGAGCUUGGUCUCUUGGUCUCUAAAUCUUGCUAAAUGGCAUCACGCGACAGGAGGAGACCACCUUGGUCUCUACAAUUGGUUGGGUUCGCUUUCAGACGUAACGGCAGUGCAACACGGGGAUUUCCUAUGAAUUCCCAGCACUGGACAGCUAGAAGUUUCAUUGAACGUCGCCCCUAACGUGCGGAGGUGCCUAUGGGAAAACUUCUUGUGAUGAGCGUCUGGCACAGAGGGUGCACAGCGUUUUGGAUGAGAGACUGGCCAUUUUCAUCCAUACUAGCCAUAGUACUAGCCAUUUUGAUCCGUUUUGCAUGUUUAGCCAAUUGGUGUGUGAGUGUGGGUGUGGGUGGGUAUCGCGAUGUUUCGUGUGUUUCCAUAUCAAAGUGCGAGUUUUAGCCAUGUUGGAUCAGCCACUUCCUCUAUAGGAAUGGAGCAAUGGAGAUUAUAACGGUUGCAGGUGCCGUUCUCACCCAGCUUCAGGAGGAAGAAUUGGGCUGCAUGGUGGAGAGUGGAAAAUAUGUUAGAGAUUUGAAGACGCUCAUUGCCACAAAGAUUGGAUAUUCAAGAUUUCGACUUAGACUCUUGAGCAAAGAGAUGGGCGAGCUACAGGAUGAUAUGCCUGUCAGACCACUACCAAGUUUGCAGUUAGUAAUCUUGGACUACUAUGCGCCUGAGGAGGCCAAUUGGCACGCACUACACUUUGCAUGUCAGAACAAGCGAGUUGUCGAAGUUACACGUUUGCUUCAGAAACCACUGAAUCCUAACUGGACAGGUGCAGACAUUGACCUUCCUGCACCUAUUCUUUUCGCUGCAAAACGGGGCCAUUUGGAGGUGGUGCGGCUGUUGCUCGAGGCUGGAGCUGACCAGAACGCAGCAAGGCUGGAGCUGACCCGAACGCAGCAAGGCAAGAUGGGACAACCGCCUUGAUGGUUGCAGCUCUGAAUGGCCACUUGGAAGUGGUGCGGGUGUUGCUCGAGGCUGGAGCUGACCAGAACGCAACAACUCAAGACGGGGCAACCGCCUUGAUGUUUGCAGCUCACAAGGGCCACUUGGAAGUGGUGCGGUUGUUGCUCGAGGCUGGAGCUGACCCGAAGCCAGCAGAUCAAGAUGGGACAACCGCCUUGA